AUGCAACAAAGUGAACAACAUCACCAACAACAAGAACAAAAGGAACAAAUAAAACAACAAUUACAACAACUGCAGGAUUAUUCUUCAGAUAUUACACAAAUCUAUGCCGAACGUCAUUGGUCUGAACAACUUUUAAAUGAUGACAAACUGUUCUUAUUUGUUUUAUCAGCUCGUGGAGAUAUACUUUAUUGUUCAGAUUCUUGUCGAGGAUUGACGGGUUAUAACGCCAAUGAUGUGGUAGGACAUUUGAUAUCGGAAUAUCUUCACCCUGAUGAUCAUGCUGUGUUUUAUGCAAUGUUGGAUCAAGUCUUCGAAACUCCUCUCCGACUAACCCAAGUCCAAUUUCGGUGGAAACGAAAAGAACCAUUGACUGGCUUCACCUGUCUCCAAUCUUUUGGUUAUUCCAAGCCUGAUGACGUGCCUUCUUAUACCAUCACUAAAACCAACAACAUUGAAUCGAACUAUUAUGCCUUCUUUGCCAUUGCUCAAUCUUGUGAUCCAUCCACAUUUGAUCUGCUUUUGCAACUGAAAAGAGAAAAUCAAUUACUGCAACAACAACUGGCUCAAUUAUCAUCCUCCAUCGACAAUUCACUUUCCAAUGGUGGUGGUGAAUCUUCCUCCUCCUCUUCUUCUUCUUCUUCCUCCUCCUCCUCUUCUUCUUUGAAUCAACCCAAUUCUGUCAUUGCUUCUUGGAUGCAAUCUGGAUGGCAUCAAUCAAGUAAUCCUUGGAUAACCAACAAACAACCUGAAUUAGGUCAACAAACAACAUACAUCCCUAUACAAGAGAAAUCAUCUAUAACUGAUAAGGAUCAUUCAAAACCUGAUGAUCAAUCAUCCAAGGACAAGAAAAGAAAGAACCUCAAGAUCGAUCUGCGAAAAAAGGUAUACUUUACUGUGGAAAAGCAUCAAUGCGCUGAUUGUGGUUCAACCAACUCUCCGGAAUGGCGAAGAGGACCCCUUGGUGCCAAAACGCUUUGCAAUGCAUGUGGACUACGAUGGUCCAAGAAGAACAAGAACAUGAAGACCGUAGGACAAUUAUCCAAAGACAAAUGAUUUUUUUUUUUUGCUUAUAUCCGACCACAAAAGCAUUCGAAUCCAUGCAGAUAGUGUAGUUUAUAUAAUACAUUUUACCCUGUUAUUAUUCCUUUUUUUGUGUGUGUGUCUCCCUAGUUACCCAUUGUUAUGUAUCUCGUCUCUGAUUUUAAUAUGAAACCUCUUUUUUUUCCACUAUGAAUCUGUCUCUCCUCAUAUUAUUAUGCUGUGUGCUGGUGGCGUGUGCUCAUUUUAUCAAGCUAUCAUUGAAAUCGACGUUUUU